UGGCCCUGGCCCUGGCCCCUGGCUCCUGUCCCUGGCCCCGGCCCUGGCCCCUGGCAUCUUCUGUCUGUGUUGCUUCUUCCCAGCGGUGGUCUUGACUUGACUUGUCAUCUUCCUACCUUCAUCUCCUGGGGACAGCGGGGAUUAUAGCUGUGAGCUACCCUGCCCAGCUUGUCUUUAGAGAUGAGGUCGCUUUAUUUUGUCCCGACUGGCCUUGAACUUUGACCCUUCCUCUGUAGCUGGGAUGACCUUUCCCCAGCUUUCUGCCGCUGUCUGGGGCUGGUUUGGAGCAGUGUUCACAGGGACCCUGGUCGUGUGGGCGAGGGCUCCUCGCUUCCUCACGAGGAUGAUUUGCAUGUCUUCCACGUCUCAAGGAAAUGAGAAGGAUGAUGGAGGAUGAGGAUGAAGAUUAUGAGAACGCCACUCCGCCCUACAGGGACCUUCCUCCCAAGCCAGGCGUCCUGGCACCGCCAAGACCCCCGAGGGCAGGAAAGAGCCCAGAGAACCCCCCGCUUCCUCCCAAGGCCCUGGCGGUGACAGCCCUGGACCUUCCAUCUGUCUCCUGCCCAUCUCGCCAGUCAGGCGGUGAUCUGGAACCUUCUCCCUUCCAGCCGUCCCUGACCCGCCCCGCGACUCCGGUGCCCUGGAUCGGGGCGGAGCCCCGCGGCCCGCGCCGGCCCCGGGUGGGGCGGGCGGCGCUGCUCUGCGCGCUGGCGGCCGCGGCUCUGCUGCUGAGCGCCCUGGCGCUGGCCCUGACCCUGACCAAGUACCAGGAGGUGGUGGAGGACCUGCGGCGGGCGACCUGGGAGCAGCUGGCGUGGAGAGCCAACGUGACUGGCAUGGCGGGGCUGGCUGGAUUGAAGAAGGACUUGGAUGGAGUAAGAGCUGACACCAGCCAGGCCCUGCUGGAACUUCGAGGCUUAGUAGACUGUGGCCGGGUCACGUGUCCUGACGGCUGGCUCCCCUUUGAGGACAAGUGUUACUUCUUCUCUUCAACCACCGCGUCCUGGGAGGAGGCCCGCAAGUUCUGCCAGGAGAGCUACUCUCACCUGGUGAUCGUUAACAGCUUCGCGGAGCACAACUUUAUCUCCCGGGCGCACGGCUCCCCGCGGGUGUACUGGCUGGGGCUGAGUGACAAGGACCGCGAAGGGGAGUGGCGGUGGCUGGACGGGUCGCGCGUCACCCUCAGUUUCUGGGACCCCCAGGAACCCAACAAUAGCCAUGAGGAAGACUGUGCCAGCAUGAACAGGGGCGGCUCAUGGAAUGACCUCUCUUGUGCCAAGACGACCUAUUGGAUCUGUGAGCGGAAGUGCUCCUGUUGAAGCCAGGGAUCCUGAACUCUUGGGGGUCCCCAUCCUGGAGAGUGGGGUCCCCUGGCCCCUCCUGCGCCGUCACCCCGUGACAAGAACGGUUUCCAACCUGGUUCUGGUUGCAAGCUGGCAGGAGGCCGGGGCUCGGCUGGCUGCACAGAGCUCUCGGCUCACGGCUUCUGAAGAGCAGGGCAUGGCGGAGUCUCACACCGAACCUGAAACGCAGUGGCGGCGUGGUCCGCCGCCCCUCCCUGACUGAUCUCUGGCAGCAUCCAGGACAUACCGAGACAGGACCAGUGUGACGGGCAGUGUGGCCCUGUCUUUGGUGGUAGAUCAGACCUUGUCCUUCCUGAAAGAACUUCUAGAAAGGCAGAGCAGCUGUAAACUCCUCCCUCCACACACACCAUACAUCGUGGGGCUCGGACACACCCACAGGACGGUGAUGGAGGUAUCCGCCCACAGGUGUUGGAGAUGCGUGUGUGUGGGUUAAGAUGUUCAAUGAAGUCUGAGCAUGGUGGUGCACGCCUGUAGUCCUAGUGCAUGCAUGGGAGGUUGUGAUGUCCAAGCCAGCCUUGGACUGCAUGAAGAGACUGUGUCGAAAAUAAGCCUAGAUAUUUUUUUGUGUCCGUUGUGGGGCUUAAACUCAGGGUCUGGGUGCUGUCCCUGAACUCUUUUGCUCAAGGCCAGUGCCAU